GACGCGUAGUGGAAACAAGCAGGUCCCGAUGCACAAGUCACGGCAACCCUCGGCGGAGAUGAAGGCGGACUCCGAUUGGCUCUGAUUUUUAAAAGCCUUUUUCAUUCAGGAGGUUGCUUGCCCGUUAUCAAUAUGGCAGAGCCGUCAUCCCCAGUACCCACCGCUGCAAAAAUGGCGUCACUUAGCCGGGUUCGAGCUCUGACGAUGAUUUUCUUAACUGUCACUGGCUGUUUUGUCAUCCCGACAAGUGGCAAGGAAGGGUCCGAGGAGACGGUCAUCAUUGGGCUCCGACUGGAGGACACGGACGACAUUUCUUUCAUGGAUAGGGGCUACCUGCGGGUGAGUGAACGGUCUCGGGUGAAAUUAAGGGUGUACGGGCAAAACAUAAACAACGAGACGUGGUCCAAAAUUGCUUUUACGGAACACGAGCGGACCCGAGCGAUAGGGAACAUUGACAGCUCCUCGGGGGAUAACCAGAGCCAAGAGGACACGUCUGGCUUGCAUCCCUGCGGUAUUAGGACUUCGGAUAUAAUUAUAUUGCCCAACAUCAUCUUAAAUCGCAAGACGUCUGGAAUAGUUGAAAUUGAGGUCAAACCUCUACGAAAGACGGAAAGGAGUAAAGCGUAUUACCUUUGCAUCGCCACCUCGACUCCGGCCGUGGCUGGGAUGCAUGACCCGUGGACGGAGAACACCUGGAUCUAUCACGACGGGGAUGACACCAAAGUGAUAGUGGUGGAGGAGAAAAAGUUUCUGCUGCCUUUCUGGCUCCAGGUCAUCUUCAUCUCCAUGUUGCUGUGCCUGUCGGGCAUGUUCAGCGGGUUGAACUUGGGGCUGAUGGCUCUGGACCCCAUGGAGCUGCAGAUAGUGCAGAAUUGUGGCACCGAAAGGGAGAAGAAUUACGCCAAAAAAAUAGAGCCCGUCAGGAGCCAAGGGAAUUACUUGCUUUGUUCACUUCUCCUCGGAAACGUGCUGGUGAAUACCACGCUGACCAUCUUGCUGGAUGAUAUCGCUGGUUCUGGGUUGAUAGCGGUGGUCAUGUCCACCAUUGGAAUAGUCAUCUUUGGAGAAAUAGUGCCCCAAGCCAUCUGCUCCAGACACGGCCUGGCCGUCGGCGCAAACACAAUAUUCCUCACCAAGUUUUUUAUGCUGCUCACUUUCCCUGCUUCCUACCCUGUGAGCAAACUGUUAGAUUAUCUGCUGGGCCAGGAGAUUGGAACCGUGUACAACAGGGAGAAGCUUUUGGAGAUGCUGCGCGUCACGGACCCCUAUAACGAUCUGGUGAAGGAGGAGUUGAACAUCAUCCAGGGCGCGCUGGAGCUUAGGACUAAAACCGUGGAGGACGUGAUGACGCCGCUGAGAGAUUGCUUCAUGAUCCCCGGCGAUGCCACCCUCGAUUUUAACACCAUGUCCGAGAUCAUGAAGAGCGGCUACACGCGCAUCCCCGUCUUCGAGGGCGAGAGGUCCAACAUUGUGGACCUACUUUUCGUCAAGGACCUGGCGUUCGUGGACCCAGAUGAUUGUACCCCGCUCAAAACCAUCACAAAGUUUUACAGUCACCCGUUGCAUUUUGUGUUCAAUGACACCAAGUUGGACGCAAUGCUGGAGGAGUUUAAAAAAGGAAAAUCCCACCUGGCCAUAGUUCAGAGGGUGAACAAUGAGGGUGAGGGUGACCCCUUCUACGAGGUUCUGGGUAUUGUCACCCUGGAGGAUGUUAUCGAAGAAAUCAUCAAGUCAGAGAUCCUGGACGAGACUGAUUUGUACACUGACAACAAGACAAAGAAGAAAAUCACCCAUCGGGAAAGGAAGCAGGAUUUCUCGGCCUUCAAGCCCACCGACAAUGAAAUGAAGGUUAAAAUAUCACCUCAGCUUCUGCUGGCUACCCUGCGUUUCUUAGCAACAGAGGUUGAGCCGUUUGGACCAGUGCAAAUGUCAGAGAAGAUUCUGCUGCGCUUGUUGAAGCACCCCAACGUCAUCCAGGAGCUGAAGUAUGAUGAGAAGAACAAGCGGGCAGCUGAGCACUACCUCUUCCACAGGAACAAGCCCGUGGACUAUUUCAUACUCAUUCUCCAGGGGAAGGUGGAGGUGGAGGCGGGAAAAGAGGGGAUGAAGUUUGAAGCAGGGCCCUUCUCCUUCUAUGGCAUGAUGGCUCUGACCGCCUCACCAGUCCCUCUGUCCCUGUCUCGUACGUUUGUGGUCAGUAGGGCUGAAUCAUUAGCAGGAUCUCCAGAGAAUAAGUCUCCCCCACGACCGUUUGGACUCAACCACUCAGACUCCCUGAACAGGAGUGAUCGUAUAGAUGCCAUCACACCUACCCUUGGCAGCAGUAACAACCAGCUCAAUGCCUUUCUGCAGAUCUAUGUACCUGACUACUCUGUCAGAGCCAGCUCAGACCUGCAGUAUAUAAAGGUAACGCGCCAACAGUACCAGAACGCCCUGAUGGCGUCACGCAUGGACAAGACGCCCCAGUCCACAGACAGCGAGUUCACCAAGAUCGAGCUCACGCUGACGGAGCUCCACGACGGAGUGGAGACGCCCGCAGUCACCACCACUGCUACCACCACUAGCACCACCUCCACCGUGGCCAUAGCGGUGGCCAACGAGACGUCCCACUUGCUCAGCCAGCAGCAGAACUGUGUGGGCCUCAGCCGGAGCAACCACAGUGCCCACAAUGAGGGACCCAUCUAGCCCCCGUCGAGCCUGGUGGAGACCGGGUGGAUGGGGGAGGAAGGGGGCAGGUCAAGCUCCACAGGCACAGAGGUGAACAUCUCUGCCCUCCCCCACCACCUCCCCACCCCACCCACCCAGAACCUUCACCCUGUCUCAUGGACAAAACAGGGGUGGUGUAGAUGGAGAUGAGGGAAAGUGUGGGGAGGGUGGAGUGAGGGUGCCACUUCGCCCCAGUCAGUGAGACCCUUAUACACAGGAGCAAUGGGGAAGAGGGGUGCUGGGGUUACCCCACCCCCACCCCAACCCCACGACCCACCCACCCACCCAAACGCUGUCAGAAUCCCUACUGUACAACAUCCUCUUACAGAGGGUGCGCUUGGACAAAACGUUUGACUGAGCUUCUUUUUUGGGACAAUCCAUUUACUUUCAUUGCGGUUACUUGGACCAGUGGACAGCAGUGUGCAUGCAAAACCCCCAGCCUUUCCCCUUACGCACACACACACACACACAUACACUCACACACAGACAAAACACACAAUACAACACAUGCCGUACUUUCUCCUCAGGCCAAAGACUUUGGUCCCCCUCAAUACACAGGACACAUACUGUUUUUGCACACACAAAUUCAUACACAUAUCCAGAUGAUACACACACACAAACACAUAUAUUCAUAUUCACACAAAGAUACAAAUGCAACUACCCACCUGUGCAUUUUUCAGGGAGGCUCAGUUGGCUGUCAAUCCCACCCAUGAGGACUCACAAACAAGCAGAGAGCAAAGGUUAGUCAAAGACUGUACCAAAUACCGCUUUGAAAGAAACCAUUAAACCAUGAACCAAGAA